UGUUUUUGAUAUAUUUCUUUUCAGCAUUUGACGUGACAAUGGAAACAACAACGCCGGAUUAUUAUGAAUAUGGUACUUUUUCUGAGGACCUACUCAUCUCCCCAUGUAGCAGAGACAGAGACAACAAUCUGGGAGCCCGGCUUUCCAUCAUUUACUACUUUAUGUUUGUCUUUAGUCUGUUUGGAAAUGGACUUGUCAUCAUCAUCAUCCAGCGGUUUGAGAGACUCACCACUGUGACCAACAUCUUGCUGCUGAACCUGGUGUUUUCCUCCCUGAUCUUCAUGAGCAGCCUUCCGUUCACAGGAGUCUACAUGCAGCUCUCCAACUGGAUUUUUGGCCGAGUUAUGUGCAAGAUUGUUGGGAGUGUGUACUACAUGGGCUUCUACAGCUCCGUGCUCUUUCUAACCCUGCUGACCUUUGACCGGCACCUGGCGGUUGUGUACUCGCUGAAAGCCUCCUCGGUGAGAAACCGCAGGUACGCCGUGGUCUCCUGUGCGGUGGUGUGGCUGGUCAGUGGCCUGGCCUGCAUCAGACCGAUGCUCAUACACGACACCUUCACCUAUAUCAACAAUCAAACCUUUUGUGAAGAGUAUCCCAGUAAUCUCCCAAAUGUUGAUGUUGCCAUGCUGAGAGCAUCAGGAUUUUACCUUCAGCUUUUCCUUUUCUUGAUCUUUCCUCUGGCUGUUAUCACCUACUGCUAUGUUAAUAUCGUGGUCACAGUUAUUUCAACCAAAUUAGCUUCCAGGACAGUCAGGCUGAUAUUUGUCAUUGUGUUGCUGUUUUUUAUCUGCUGGAUUCCAUUCAACGUAGUGGUGCUGAUGUAUGAUGAGGCCACCACCUGUGUGAAACAGCAGCAGCUGGGUUACGCCCUUCAGAUCACUCGUAACAUAGCUUACAUUUACUUUUGCAUCAGUCCCAUAUUCUACACAUUUGUUGGAAAAAAGUUCCAGAACCACUUCAGGGAGCUGAUGGUGAAGCGGUUCCCCGGUUUGAGAGAUUACAUAUAUGUCAGUCAAUUCAGCAGAAGCAAUAUGUCCAUAAAAAGUGCAUCCAAUGACCAUUAGGGAGGAGCCCUGUGGCUUCACACCCCUGAGGGAAGGGCUCUGUAAGUCUGAUCUUUUGCCUGAGCUGAAGUAAAACUAAAACUCAACUUUGACAGAAAAGACUUCUGUCACAGUUGGGAAACAUGUUUUUUGCAAUAUAUGUAUAGAAAUGAUUUACAUAUCAGUAAUAUAUUUUGUACAUUUUUCCCCUAAAAAACUAUAUAUCUAGGAUCUUGGGAUGUUUAUUAGACACAACUGCAAAAAAUUAGGCCUUGUAAAAACAAAUGAGUGUGAUGUCCAUCCAUCCAUUUGUCAUACUUCCCCUUAGUUCCAGGUAGGGUCGUAGGGGUGUUGGAACCUUUGUUAGUUGUUAUCGUGCAGGUGGUGUUUUUUUGCUGCUGUUUGUUUAACUCGACACAAAUCUAUGUUUUGCUAUCAGUCAGCUUCUUGUUUUUCAAAUAUUCUUGCCUUCCUAGAGAGUGUGACGGUGGAAUAAAUAUUCUAAGGGGUACUGUGUGGUUAUUGUGCGGAAAUAUGAUAACAAACUCAUUAAUUUGACAAAUACCAGAUGACCCAGGUAGUUAAAUAUGGAAAUAC